AUGCAAUCCAACUCUGCCUCGACAGGUUUCGCCAACCUGCUGAACCCCGACACUUCUUCACAACUCCAACAACAGCAACCAACUUCGACCUCCCAACCAACCUCCAUGGCUACUGCUACCGUGAGCCUCAUGGCGCCUCUGCUGCAAAACGCCCCGCAACAGUCGGACGAGCCUCGACAGGAUCUCCCCAGGCCCUACAAGUGCCCUCUUUGCGAUAAGGCUUUCCACCGUCUGGAACACCAGACUCGCCAUAUCCGCACCCACACUGGAGAGAAGCCCCAUGCCUGCACAUUUCCAGGCUGCACAAAACGAUUUUCUCGCUCUGAUGAACUCACUCGACACUCGAGGAUACACAACAACCCCAACUCCCGUAGGGGCAAGGGUCAACAACAUGCUGCCGCUCACCAGGCGGCUGUAGCUGCUGUUCAGGCUGGUCUGAUGGAGCCCGGAUCUGGCCUUGCGCACAUGAUGCCUCCUCCUUCAAAGCCCAUCUCUCGCAGCGCGCCGGGCUCUCAGCUUGGCUCACCAAAUGUGUCGCCACCCCACUCGUUCUCCAACUACUCGCCGAACAUGGGCAAUGAUCUAGCAGCCUACCACCAGGGAGGCUUCAACAGCAGUAACAGCAACAGCCCUAGCGGCCUGUCCCGCCCCAUGGAUCUGCUCGCAGACGCAGCCUCGAGACUAGAGCAGCGUCCUGGUCACUACUCGCACUCAAGUCGACACCACAUCACCAGCGGCUAUCAUCCAUACGCGAGCCGACUACCAGGUCUCUCCCAGUAUGCGUACUCGUCGCAGCCAAUGUCAAGAUCUCAUUCACACGAGGACGACGAUCCGUACUCGCACAGGAUGACAAAGAAGUCAAGACCAGGCUCGCCGACAUCGACUGCCCCGCCAUCGCCAACAUUUUCCCACGAUUCCUGCAGUCCGACUCCUGACCACACCCCGCUCGCAACCCCUGCUCACUCACCAAGAUUACGUCCCCACGGAUUCAACGAUCUCCAACUUCCCCAUCUACGUCAUCUGAGUCUGAAUCAGAAUUUCGUACCAGCUCUCGCACCAAUGGAGCCAUCUACGGAUCGGGAACAGCCCUAUGUACCCAGCCAAUCCUCCGGAUUGCGCAUAGGGGACAUCAUCUCAAAACCAGAGGGCGCUCAGCGCAAACUGCCGGUUCCGCAAGUUCCCAAGGUCGCCGUCCAGGAUCUCCUCAAUGGCCCGAGUAAUAGCGGGUUUUCUUCCGGCAACUCCUCGGCCACCGCUUCGUUAGCCGGCGAGGACCUGUCACAUCGCAACUAA